AUGUGGUGGUAUUCAGUCGUCUACCCGGCUAGCCUGCUAUGAAUGCAGGGCCAGCGUUGUGCUGAACAUGGGUCUCCCAAGGCUUCGGGUAGGCCUGUCAACAUCCCAACCGAGGAUGUUACCCAUUGAUGUGUAUUUAGAGUAAGUCGUCCCUUCGUGAGCUCUUACUUGGUUCAGUCGAGCUUUUGGGUGUGACUUCUGGGAUCGACCAAUUGCCCAAUCGCAUCGUGACCAUGUACCACACAAUGAAGUCACUCUUGUUGAUAGCGACGGUGGUUUUUGUACCGCUAGUAGCUGCCCUUGGCCAAACACCAGUGAUCAGCUUCACCAGUGUACAAGAUGCUUUCCAAUUGGCGGGUGGCGCUGUUACGUCACCCCAGAUACUUGUGUCCGACAAUGACUACUGGGGUGUUAUUCGCGCUGCUGGUGAUUUGGCCAAGGACUUUGGGCGUGUAACAGGCACAAACUUCUCACUCAGUAAUGGCAUUGCUGGUGCCGGCCCAGCUUUAUAUGAGUAUUAUCCAGCGGCCUCGAAUUACACAGUGUACUCAACGAACGGCACAAACUACUUUGAUGGCCCUAAUUAUACCAACCCAUCCGCGCCCGACACUGUUAUAAUCGCUGGCACCAUCGGCCAUUCGAAACUCAUUGACGACUUGAUCGCUAAGAAGAAAAUCGAUGUGUCUGACAUCGAAGGUCGAUGGGAAUCAUUCACCACAAAAUUGGUUGAGAGCCCAAUCUCAGGUUGUUCAAAGGCUGUUGUUAUAGCUGGUAGCGAUCCUCGAGGAGUCAUCUACGGCCUUUACGAUAUCAGCGAGCAAAUAGGGGUCAGCCCAUGGUAUUGGUGGGCUGAUGUGCCUAUUAAGCAAAACAAGAAUAUCUGGUUCUUGUCCAAUGGCAAAACCCAACGCUCGCCGUCUGUCAAGUAUCGUGGUUUCUUCCUCAACGACGAGCAGCCUGGUCUAUCCGGCUGGGUUAGUCAGAAUUUUGCGGACACUCCAUUUGGGCAAGGAUACAACAGAGACUUUUACCCAAACGUCUUCGAGGUGCUUCUGAGAUUACGCGCGAACUAUUUGUGGCCCACCGUCUGGGGAACCAUGUUCGAGGUUGAUGACCCUGCCAAUCAGCCAUUGGCCGACGCAUGGGAAAUCGUUCUGGGGAGCUCCCACACCGAGCCAAUGAUGCGAGCUCAGAAUGAAUUUGGAACGUUCUACAUCAACAAGGGGCUAGGUCCUUGGGCCUAUAACUUGAACAACAAGACUAUCGAUCAGUACUUUGAGUAUGGCGCACAAAGAGCCAAGCCAUAUGCACGCAACAGUUUAUGGACAAUGGGUAUGCGUGGGACGGGCGACACGGCCAUCGAGGGGUUAGGCAGUCAGACUAUUGUCAGCAUGCUAGAGACGCUUGUCGAUCAUCAGAGAAACAUCAUUGCGGACGUGCUCGAUGCCAACAUUACAGACGUACCUCAAAUGUGGUGUCUUUACAAGGAGGUCGCGACUUAUAUCCUGGAAGGGCUAGAGGUACCGGACGACGUCACUCUGUUAUGGGCUGAUGAUAAUUGGGGCAAUGUCCGGAGGGUGCCAAUCUCGAACGAGACUGAUAGAGCUGGUGGUGCCGGCGUUUACUAUCACUUCGACUACGUUGGCGACCCAAGGAACUACAAAUGGAUAAAUACCAUCCAGCUACAAAAGACUGCCGAGCAAAUGCAUCUCGCCUACUCACAUGGCGCGGACCGUAUUUGGAUCGUCAACGUAGGUGAUCUAAAGCCUCUUGAGCUGCCAAUUAGCCACUUCUUCGAUAUGGCAUACGACGCUAAUCAGUGGGGUGUUGACAAUGUCAAUGACUGGCUUUCUGCCUGGGCCACGCGAGAAUUCGGUUCAGACAUUGCGGAUGACAUUGCUGACAUUCUUACACGUUAUGGCAUGUAUGCUGGUCGCAGAAAGUAUGAGCUCAUCGAGCCAUAUGUCUAUUCCGUUAUCAACUACAACGAGGGAGAUGCGGUUCUGCAGCAAUGGGACGACCUUGCUGCGGAUGCGCAGGCUGUGUACGACAAGUUGGAACAAGAUCAGCAGGCUGCCUUUUUUGAGAUGAUUCUUCAUCCAAUCCUAGGUGGACAGAUUGUGCACAAGGUGAAUAUCGGCGCUGAGAAGAACGCCGUUUAUGCCAAUCAACACCGCAACUCCGCUAACGAUGCUGCCAUGCAAGUGUUGGCAGAUUUCAAUGCUGACGGUAACUUGACUUCUCGUUGGGAUGAUCUGCUCGAUGGAAAAUGGGAACAUAUGAUGGAUCAAACCCAUAUGGGUUAUGACGGGUAUUGGCAACAACCUAUGAGGAAUAUUGCUCCUGCUUUAGCUUUCAGUCAAUUAGGAGUUACUUCUACGGCGGGUGCUGUCGGUAUCGCGGUUGAAGGCCUGAACGCUAGCAUCCCUGGAGACGACAAGUAUCAUACGAAUUCUGGUGCGACUCUGACACUGCCACCACUUGAUCCAUAUGGUUCUGCAACACGUUGGUUUGAUAUCUUCUCACGAGGAACUGUGUCCUGUGAUUGGGUGGCGCAAACAGACAAGCCGUGGGUCAAGCUCUCUCAGUAUAACGGAACUGUUGGUCCAGGCAAUGGCACUGAUUCGCGCGUUUAUGUUUCGAUUGAUUGGGAGUCUGCACCACAAAUCACCAACAACACUAACAGUAACAUCAACUUUACUACCGGAUGCGGCCGUAAAGGUUUUGCUGCCUGGUACGGCGCACCGGUUGUACAACUUCCCAUCAACAUGAGAAAUAUUCCGUCAAACUUCAGCACUGGCUUUGUGGAAUCAGACAAGCACGUCGCAAUCGAAGGUCCUAAUUAUCAAAGGGUCUACCACCCAUCAAACAGUACCUCCAACGUAACAUAUCAUACACUCAAAGACUAUGGACGAACCUAUGGUGGUGUAAGCCUGUGGCCUCAGGACACGCAGCCAGUAACACCCGACUCUGGCCCCGCACUGGAAUACGACUUGUACCUAUUCACCAAUGUCUCCAACAUCAACGUCACCUUAUAUUUGAGCCCAACACAGAACUAUCUGUCCGACAAGAACCCCCUUCACUUUGCCGUCUCCAUGUUCCCAGCUGGCGCCCAGCAAGAGACGCCAAAGACCGUUCGCUUCAUCGGCGAUAGCAUCGGGCAGGACUUGCCCCCGUCCUGGGGCUAUGCUGUUGGUGAUGCUGUUUGGGGCCACCACCCUAGCCAUAACACUACCACACGGUGGAAUGUUACCCAAGAGGGCGCGUAUAAGCUCCGUGUCUGGGGACUAGCCCCGAGUGUUAUUGUUCAAAAGGUUAUUGUGGAUCUCGGCGGUGUGAGACCAAGCUAUCUAGGCCCCCCAGAGAGUUUCCUGGUCGGAAGAGAUCGAUCCGGCGAGUUCAACGGAACAAGCUUCGCGAACCAGGUGACGGUCCUUGGGGCCAUUGGAAACACUAAACAGGACACCACAAGUGGUAAAGCUAAUGCUGGAGGUAGACUCGUGGUGAGCUUAACGGUGGUUUUCGUACCACUUGCGAUGGCUUUAAUGGCAGUGUUAUAAAUAGUUGGCAGCCACAAUUCGAGCUAAGGCUUAACCUGUAGUCUCUCCAAUACAACAGAGAAAGAAUAUCAUAGCAGCCUGUAGCUUUUACCGAGACACUUUCGUCACUG